CCCCCUUUUUGCAGGAUGGUCUAUCCCGAAGCCGCUCCGCCCCCUCCCUCCCCGGUGCGCGCCAAAUCGGCUCCCGUCGGAUCCUUGCCUGCUGUCCUGCCGGUCCCGAUGCCCGCCCAGGCCGCUCCGCUGACCCCGGAGGAGCUGCGCAGGCGGCUGAAAGAUCUCGAGAGGGAUGAAGAUGGUCUUGGUGAAAGAGAAUGUGUUAAAGAAAAACUGAGUUUGAUACAUGGCUUCUUACAAGUAGAUGUUCAAAACCAGUUGAAAGAUCUGGAGACCAAGUUGCGCAAAGAGGAACUUUCUGAGGAACUCUACCUGACCAAAGUCAAAGCCCUACUCCAUAGAGAACUGUCUUUAGAAAAUGGAGACAACUUGGCAUUUGGCCAGAAGCUCAAUGGAUGCUCAGAAAAUGGUGGCUACGGCAGUGAUGAAGACUCUGAGAGAGCAGAGAACAAGGGGAAGGAGGAAAGCAACAUGGAAGUUGAAGAGGCUGCCUCAUCUUCCUCUUCAACACCAUUAUCUUCACCAUUUGUUCCAAAAGCUCGGAGAGGCAGGAAGAGCAAGUCCAAUAGUGAGAACAGAAGAACCUCAACCAGCUCCAGGAUCACCCGUAGUUCUGGCAAGCAGCCAACCAUAAUGGCUCUAUUUUCCAAAGGAUCCAACAAACGCAAAUCAGAUGAGGUGAAUGGAGAGCUAAAACAAGAAAGUAAUGCAGAAAAUGAGGAGGAAGAAGAGGAGGAGGAGGAACUGCCUGGAGAAAAGGAACAAGAUGAGAAAAGAAUCAAAACCGAAGCCAAAGAAGGGUCUGAGAUAAAAGAAGAAGUAAAUCAGGUUAAAACUGUGACUCCUGUUAAAACGACCCCUCCCAAGUGCAUGGAAUGCAGGCAGUACUUGGAUGACCCUGAUCUGAAGUUCUUUCAGGGGGAUCCAGAUGAUGCACUGGAUGAACCAGAGAUGUUGACAGAUGAACGCUUGUCCAUUUUUGAUGCCAACGAAGAUGGAUUUGAAAGCUAUGAUGACCUGCCGCAGCACAAAGUAACAUUUUUUAGUGUAUAUGAUCGAAAAGGUCAUCUAUGUCCAUUUGAUACCGGUCUCAUAGAAAGGAAUAUUGAACUCUACUUCAGUGGUGCUGUGAAGCCAAUAUAUGAUGAUAACCCUUGCCUGGAUGGUGGUGUCCGAGCCAAAAAAAUGGGCCCCAUCAACGCUUGGUGGAUCACUGGUUUUGAUGGAGGGGAGAAAGCUUUAAUUGGCUUCACCACAGCCUUUGCAGAUUACAUCCUGAUGGAACCCAGUGACGAAUAUGCCCCCAUCUUUGCACUGAUGCAAGAGAAGAUUUACAUGAGCAAGAUUGUUGUUGAAUUCUUGCAGAACAAUCCUGAUGUCAGCUAUGAGGACUUGCUGAAUAAGAUAGAGACCACGGUUCCUCCUGCUGGAUUGAACUUCAACCGUUUCACGGAAGAUUCCCUUCUGCGACAUGCCCAGUUUGUAGUGGAACAGGUGGAGAGCUACGAUGAGGCUGGGGAUAGUGAUGAGCCUCCAGUCCUUAUCACACCUUGCAUGAGGGACCUGAUUAAGCUGGCAGGAGUCACCUUGGGAAAAAGACGAGCUGCGAGGAGACAGGCUAUCAGGCAUCCCACCAAAAUUGACAAAGAUAAAGGGCCUACCAAGGCCACCACAACCAAGUUGGUCUAUUUGAUCUUUGACACUUUCUUCUCUGAACAAAUUGAGAAGAAUGAAAAAGAAGAAGACAAGGAGAAUGCUGCAAAGCGGCGGCGCUGUGGAGUCUGUGAGGUUUGCCAGCAGCCAGAGUGUGGUAAAUGCAAAGCUUGCCAAGAUAUGAUUAAGUUUGGAGGGAGUGGAAAGUCAAGACAAGCCUGCCUACAUCGGAGGUGUCCCAACCUAGCUGUAAAAGAAGCCGAUGAGGAUGAAGAAGUAGAUGAUAACAUUCCUGAAAUGCCCUCCCCAAAAAAGAUGUUGCAAAGCAGGAAAAAAAAGCAAAACAAGAAUCGAAUUUCCUGGGUGGGAGACCUUAUCAAGAGCGAUGGCAAGAAAGAUUAUUACCAGAAAGUAUGCAUUGAUUCAGAGACACUGCAAAUUGGUGAUUGUGUUUCUGUGAGCCCUGAUGACCCCACAAAGCCUCUAUAUCUUGCAAGAAUCACGGCCAUGUGGGAAGACCCCAGCGCUGGACCAAUGUUUCAUGUUCACUGGUUUUGCCGUGGCACCGACACUGUAUUGGGAGCAACAUCUGACCCACUGGAACUUUUCUUGGUGGACGAAUGCGAAGAUAUGCAGCUGUCUUACAUCCAUGGCAAAGUCAAUGUUCUUUAUAAGGCUCCUCCAGAGAACUGGUCUUUGGAGGGAGGACUUGAUGUGGAGAUCAAAAUAGUGGAAGAUGAUGGCAGAACCUAUUUUUACCAAAUGUGGUAUGAUCAAGAGUAUGCUAGAUUUGAGACUCCACCAAAGAUCCAGCCCACAGAAGACAACAAACACAAGUUUUGCAUGAGUUGCGCUCAUUUGGAUGAGGCAAGGCAGAAGGAGAUCCCCAAAGUAUCUGAGUCUCAGGAGGAAUCAGAAGGAAAAAUGUUCUACAGCAUGGCAACAAAAAAUGGGGUGCAGUACCGAUUGGGAGACGGAGUUUUCCUUCUACCAGAUGCCUUCCAUUUCAGCCUGAGGCUGACCAGCCCGACCAAACGUCAAAAGAAGGAAGCAGUGAAUGAAGAGCUUUAUCCUGAACAUUACCGAAAAUAUUCUGAGUAUAUCAAAGGGAGCAACCAAGAUGCACCUGAACCAUACCGCAUUGGCAGAAUCAAGGCAAUCUACUGCAACAUCCGCAGCAGUGGCAGGCCCAACGAAGCUGAAAUUAAACUGCAAGUGUACAAACUUUACAGGCCAGAAAACACACACAAAUCAGUCAAAGCCAGCUACCAUGCAGAUAUCAACUUGCUCUAUUGGAGUGAUGAAGAAGCAACGGUGGAGUUUAAAGACGUGCAGGGCCGCUGCACAGUGGUGUAUGGGGAGGACUUGACAGGAAACAUCCAAGAUUACUCUGCCAGUGGCUCCGAUCGGUUCUACUUUUUAGAGGCAUAUAAUGCAAAAACAAAAAGCUUUGAAGACCCACCUUAUCAUGCCCGUAGUUCUGGAAAUAAAGGGAAGGGGAAAGGGAAAGGGAAAGGUAAGAGCAAAGGGAAAUCUUCAGGAACAUCUGAAUACAGCGAGUCUGAAGCUGCUGCAAUGAAGCCCCCCAAACUUCGAAGUCUGGAUGUCUUCUCUGGUUGUGGAGGCUUGUCAGAAGGGUUCCACCAAGCAGGAAUCUCAGACACUCUUUGGGCCAUUGAGAUGUGGGAACCAGCUGCGCAGGCCUUCCGUCUGAACAAUCCAAGCACCACGGUGUUCACUGAGGAUUGCAAUGUCCUGCUUAAGCUUGUAAUGUCGGGUGAAAAGACUAACUCUCUGGGCCAGAAGCUGCCACAGAAGGGAGAUGUGGAGAUGCUCUGUGGUGGCCCCCCUUGUCAAGGCUUCAGUGGGAUGAACCGCUUCAAUUCUCGCACCUACUCAAAGUUCAAGAACUCUCUGGUUGUUUCCUUCCUCAGUUACUGCGACUACUACAGACCAAGAUUCUUCCUCCUCGAGAAUGUUAGGAACUUUGUCUCAUUCAAGCGUUCUAUGGUGCUAAAGCUCACCCUGCGGUGCCUUGUCCGGAUGGGUUACCAGUGCACUUUUGGAGUGCUGCAGGCUGGGCAGUAUGGAGUAGCUCAGACACGCAGAAGAGCAAUUGUGUUGGCUGCAGCUCCUGGAGAGAAACUCCCCUUGUUUCCUGAACCCCUGCAUGUUUUCGCUCCCAGAGCCUGCCAGCUCAGCGUGGUGGUGGAUGAUAAGAAGUUUGUUAGCAAUAUAACAAGGACUUAUUCGGGCCCAUUCCGAACUAUCACGGUCCGGGACACUAUGUCUGACCUUCCUGAAAUCAGGAAUGGAGCGUCAGCACUUGAAAUCUCCUACAAUGGAGAGCCACAAUCCUGGUUCCAGAGGCAAAUUCGGGGUUCCCAGUAUCAGCCCAUCCUCAGAGAUCAUAUCUGCAAGGAUAUGAGUGCAUUGGUAGCUGCAAGGAUGAGGCACAUCCCACUGGCCCCAGGUUCUGAUUGGCGUGAUCUGCCCAACAUUGAAGUGCGCCUUUCUGAUGGCAUAACCACCCGCAAGCUACGCUAUACACACCAUGAGAAGAAAAAUGGGCGGAGCAGCACAGGAUCUCUGCGGGGGGUCUGCUCCUGCGCUGAAGGCAAGGCAUGUGACCCUGCAGACCGGCAGUUCAACACCUUGAUCCCUUGGUGUCUGCCUCACACGGGGAACCGGCACAACCAUUGGGCAGGCUUGUAUGGAAGGCUAGAGUGGGAUGGAUUCUUCAGCACGACGGUCACCAACCCUGAGCCCAUGGGGAAACAGGGCCGCGUGCUUCACCCUGAACAGCACAGAGUAGUGAGUGUGCGAGAGUGUGCACGGUCCCAGGGAUUCCCUGAUACUUACAGGCUCUUUGGAAAUGUACUGGACAAGCACAGGCAGGUGGGAAACGCAGUCCCUCCACCUCUGGCAAAAGCCAUUGGGCUAGAAAUCAAACUGUGUGUGUUGGCAAAAAUGAAAGAGGAUGCCACAGAUGCCAUCAAACAGGAAAAGAUGGACACUUCAAAUUAAUUUGUAAAUUGCCCAUCUGCUGCACCUCAGCUCCAGCACCUGAACACCCAAACAUGCACUGAUAAUUUUUAAUGUUCUUCUGUUAUUUUACUGGUUUAUUUUCUUACCUCUGGACACACUGAAAAUUGUUGGAGGUUUUGGUUUGUUCAGGGUUUUGGUUUUUUUUGUGCGUGUAUGUGUUUUGUCUCUCCUUUCAAGCCUGUAUUUGUGAACAGUGUUUGUCUACUUGGUUGACAUUCUGAAACUGUUUCAAUGUUCCCGCUGCCAUUCUCAAAUGAUCAACUGUGCAGUGCCUAUCCAUGUGUGUAAGUGUAUGCGUGUGUGUGUGUAUGAGUUGAGGGAGUGGAGAAUGUUUUUAUUAUGCAUUGUAUUGAAAACUAAUCAGCCACUUUAUACAAGUGGAAAUAAUACUUUAUGUAGUUUUUAUAUGUUGUAAUAUUUCUUCAAAUAAAUCUCCUAUAAAUUA